GCUGUCCAAGGUCAUGUCCAACCCCAAGGCGAUGCAGCUGAUGCAAAAGGCGCAGGCGAACCCAAAGGUUCUGGCGGCGCUGCAGGACGUGCAGGCACAAGGCUUCUCGCCGGCGGCUCUCGCGAAGUACUCGUCGGACCCCGAGCUGAUGGCGCUGCUGACAGAGUUCCAGGAGGUGAUGCGGUGACGGGACGGAGGGCGAGGCGCGAAGGCGGAGCGCGUGUGGUGUACGUGUUUGCGGAUUAGAAUAUAGAGCGGCGAGCUCACAGCUCAGACGU